AUGAUUUUCGACAUGAGCCGCGGUGAGCAUGUCAACGCCUUACCGAGGCUUCCUAGCCGUGGCGGCCAUCAGCGUGCCCCUCGAGGCCGCCUCGGCCCGUGUGUCUGUUGCACUGGGCGCCGUGAGGGGUGGCGACGUGAGAGGCGAUCUCUGCGACACCCACCAGUCCUGGUGGUCCACGUGAGGAACGGGCCUGACGGCUGCACGCUGGAGGUGCUUCACCGGCCGGUAGCGAGGCAGCCUGGUUGCUUCGUCUUCGUUGGAUACCCGCGCCCUCUUGCCGGCAGUCGUGUGGUGAAAUUGCGGGGUGUGGAGUUCUAUGCUUUCACAGCUCCCCACGAGGACACCAUCCAGGUUGCUGUGUGGCGGCAGCUGGGAGAUGUUGUCGAUGCCGGCUACAGGCAGCCUGGCGACUCGUCUCCUUUCAAUGUUCAGCAGGUCUGCACCGGCGACUCCUUGAGCCCAGGGAGGAUCGGGGCAAGGGUCGGCCCUCUUGCUGACCUCUACCAGCGCAAGGAGUUUGACAGGAGGGCUUGGGUUUAUUGGGAAUCCUUCUGGGUGCCCACAACGCUGGCAGGUGCCAAAGCCUCAGCUGCCAAGCCAUUGUUCAAUCUUGCCACUGUGGCGCCGGCUGGAGCAGAGGCACAAAGAAAUGGCCCGGAUCCAGCACAGGCAGCCAAAACAGAGGACACUGGAACGGCCCUGUCGAAGGCAGAGGCCUUCUCUGAGAUCUACAGAAGGAAUGUCUGGCCCGGACUGCUUUCCCGCUCCGGGCCAGGGUCUGACCCCUUCCAUCCGAUGGUGCGCAUCGCAGUGACAGCAAUCGACAUGGCUCUGGACUUGUUGGCGGCUCGAUCACUUUUGGACGCAGCCUGCGGCGACGCAGCCUGGAUGGUCGCAGCGGUCCUGUCGAGGAGGUCUGUCCAGUACACAGGUGUCGACAUAGUGCAGCAUGUGAUUGAGGAGAACCAGCGGAGUUUUCCCUCCCACAGAUUCCUGGCGGCGGACUGCAGCUCCAAUGCCGAGCUCCCGCAAGCAGACGUGGUCUUCUCCAAGGAGACACUGAACCACAUGUUCGUGGAGGACGCAGUGCAGGCAUUGAAAUGCUUCCGAAGAUCAUCCAGGUACCUCGUGACGAACAUCCACAGAGGAGCUCCAAACAAUCUUGGGGCCUCUAAGGGACAUCAUGCACAUUAUGUUCCGUACGACUUCUCGCUGCCGCCCUUCAAUUUGAGGAAGCUCUGUCAGCUUGUCCCUAUCAACCACGAGGACUGGACGGAGUUUGCCCUAUUCGCCUUGUGA